UUUCUGGUGUUUUCUGCUCCCGCGAGAUGAGAGUUGGGCGGGGGACCGGAAGUGAUCGGUGAGGGAAGAAGAUCGGAGGAGAGAACCGAAAACAUGAGCUUCUUAUUUGGGAAUCGAUCUUCGAAGACCUUCAAGCCGAAGAAGAACAUCCCGGAGGGGUCUCACCAGUACGAGCUCCUGAAACACGCCGAGGCCACUCUGGGCAGCGGGAACCUCCGGCAGGCCGUCAUGUUACCCGAGGGCGAGGAUCUCAAUGAAUGGAUCGCUGUGAACACCGUAGAUUUCUUCAACCAGAUAAACAUGUUAUAUGGAACCAUCACCGAGUUCUGCACCGAGACCAGCUGUUCGGUGAUGUCCGCGGGGCCCAGGUAUGAAUAUCAUUGGGCGGACGGCACCAACAUAAAGAAACCCAUCAAGUGUUCGGCUCCGAAGUACAUCGAUUAUCUGAUGACCUGGGUCCAGGACCAGCUGGAUGACGAGACGCUCUUCCCCUCCAAGAUCGGUGUUCCCUUCCCCAAGAACUUCAUGUCUGUGGCAAAGACCAUCCUGAAGCGCCUCUUCCGGGUUUACGCCCACAUCUACCACCAGCACUUCGACUCCGUCAUGCAGCUGCAGGAAGAAGCUCAUCUCAACACUUCCUUCAAACAUUUCAUCUUCUUCGUUCAGGAAUUUAAUCUGAUUGACCGGCGGGAGUUGGCCCCACUCCAGGAACUGAUCGAGAAGUUGGGAUCGAAGGACAGAUAGAGGGACGGCAGAGCCGCGUCUUUCCUGUGAAGGGGGCGCCUCCCACCCCCUGGAAACCAUCGCCUGAUUGGACGGCCACUUACCACUGACCUGGGGGGUGGGGGGCGCUCCGCUGGAAGUCUUCCCUUUACAUAGAGAUUGCCUUACCUUAUUUUUGUAUGAACUUUUAUAGAAAUGCUUUUAAAGGAACACUCCGCCCCCAUCCCCCAUCCCGUCAUUUCAGGGAGGAAAAGGUCCCCAAGGACUCGGCCGCCUCCUAUAACGCCACUCGCCGCGCUUCCCCCGCCGCUUCUCAUUUUAUAUUGUUUUUUAUGAUCUCUCCUGGAAGUUGUGAUAUUUUUCCUUCGAUUGCCUUUUUAUCAUCUUUUAGUGUGGAAGAGCGGAAUGCGGUUUACACAAGAGCCGGGGGAGGGGCGGGGGUGUAUUAAGUGCCGCCCAGCCCCCCGCCGCUGUACAAACGCUCACCAAUGGGAAGCACCAGCAACCUUUUCCUGUAGGGUGGGCGUGGUUCUUGGCGCGUCGCUCGGCCACAUUCGUGUUUUUAUUUUUAUGAAAUUUUAGCCGAGUUCCAGAAGGAAUUUUUAUUUUUUAUGUUUUUUUUUUAGUUUUAUUUGAAUCCAUUUCUUCCAUUUUUCUCUCAGCAACGCAGAAGAUCUAUUUUAUCAUUUCCAUUGCAGAAAGCGCAAGCAACUGGGCUGCAGAAACCAAGAAAUUGCUGUUUUAUGGAUAUAGAAAUAAAAAUCUAACCAGAAAA